GCUGAACAAUCCAAUACAAAUACACCAAGUCACACAAUGCCUGAGUGUUAUGCCCGGUAAGUCACUUGCACUAUUCCGUUUUCAGCUUAUGUAGAUGUAACCUACAUUUGUAUUGACAUUAUAUAGAGAUUGAUUUUGUUGUUCAUUACCCCAAUUAAUACCACAAUUUUUGUCCUCUAUUCCCCGCAAACUUUUGAAUCGAUAUAGGGCCAUUUGUUUUAGGCAUUCUCAGUAGUCUGGGGGAGGGAGAGGGGGCUUGUCAAAAGUAUUUUCCAAGGUGGACACCUAAUUUCUAGGGUUUCUCCUAAUGGUUUCUUCCUUAUCCAGGAGCAGCAAAUAUCAUCCCAAAGAUCUGGAGGAUGAUUUGCCUCCUUUACCACCCAGGACUCAGUUUCUCACAUCCUGCCCCGGUAAACAUCAGGUUUCAUGGGAUGAGCCUUGAAAUGCAAUCAUGAGCACACAAUGGGAGUACUAUUACACAAGGAUAAAGCUGUUGUGUUAUAACAUUCACAAUAGGAACCUUUAAGCCCACAGUAAGAAAACACUUUUUGGGCACCUGUACAAUGUCAACCUCAACUGUCAAUAAUGUGUGUGUCUUUGCUUUCCAGAGACCGAAAGCUAUGAGAACCUUGCAGACCUACCCUACAAUGUGAAAGUAGAUAACAAGGCCCCUCCUCCGCCGUACAAUCACACAGAGACAGUGGUGUGUCAGGACGUGUGCCAUGACUGUGACAGCAUCUCAGAGGACUAUGAUGACAUCGUAGCAGACUUUCAGAGUGAGGAGGACUAUGAUGAUGUGGGAUAA